AUGCUGCAGAGUCUGGCAGGAAGUAGUGAGUCCAUGUGUGUGUUGGGAGCAGAGAGGUACUGGCGAGUGAGGCGCUGGUUUUGUGGUCACACUGGGGCUCAGGCAGAGACUGUGGGCGGGUUCCUGGUGCUCUGUAGCAGCAACAAUUUUGGAGGUGUAGAGCAAGCCUGUGCGAUCAUCAUGGCUGCCAAGGUCGCCAAAGGGUCCAUACGCAAAUCAAAACCAGUCGUGUCCAAGACCUCUCUAAACAGCCCCUUUCAGAGGAUGUGGAACCCUGUGGUUGGGGAGGACAUGCAGUUCAUACUGCAGACUUUAAUGGAGAAGUUCAAACAACUUGGACUGAAAAAGACUGAGUUUCGUGUAAAAUCUACGGACAAAAAGACUAAAAGAUCAAAAGAAAGUUCUGAUGGCAAAGGCGGAAAGAAAAUUUCUGCCGGGGAGGCCCCGAUGGAGAGUGCCGGGGAGGCCCCGAUGGAGAGUGCCGGGGAGGCCCCAGAGGAGAAGACUGAAGUGCCAGGCUGGACAGACCGUGACCUCCGCCAACAGCUAGCUAUAGGUAUUAAUGAAGUUACCCGAGCACUGGAAAAAAAUGACCUAUACCUGGUAAUAGUCUGUAAAUCUGCAAAGCCAGACAUGAUUACCAAACACAUAAUUGAAUUAAGCGCCAGCCGGGAGGUGCCGGCAUGUCAGCUGCCGCGGCUCAGUGAGAACAUUGCACCAGUCCUUGGCUUGAAGUCCGUGCUGGCUCUUGGCUUCAAAAGAAGCUCUGACGUGUUUGUGGAGGAGAUGAAAGCGAUAGCUCCACGCUUGCCGCCAUUGGAUGUCCCUUGGCUGCAAAGUGGCACUAAAAAAACAGAGGGUUUAGAGGACUCUUCCUUGGUGGAUGAUGCUAAAACACAAAAUACCGAAUCCACCACCUCCAGAAAGCGCAAACGCGCCAAAACCAAGGAUCCUGGCAAUGUGGUGUUACAGGGACUCAAAGUAAAAAAGAUUGUUCCCAAUCCAAAUAAAAAACGGAAAAUCAAGAAAAAGAAAAUUCUCAAUAAAAAGUAAAAUAUAACAGUCCCUUUUCAAAAA